CUGUUAUUUAAGAAUGCCCUUAUCAGUCCACGUCGUUUUCUAAGUACGGAUUUUGACUCGGCUUCAGUUUUGCUGGAAUCAUAUUUAUUUUUAGUGUUUCUAAAUAUAUGCGAGUCCAAUGAGACCACACUGAAAUACGUACACCUUACUUGCUCAACAUGCAAUCGCAUGGAGAUCGCUUAUGGAACUCUAUCCGGUCGAGUUUGCCUGAUCGUGCAAUAUCCGGAAAAUGUGGGCUAUCGACCUCAACUGUUGCAAACAUUCACUGUGCACCGUUCCAUGGUCACUCGGGUCGUAUUGUCUGAACGGCAUUUAAUCUCCGUAUGUAAUGACUUCAAUCACGUUCGUACAUGGGCUGUCACUCGAUUUCGUGGAAUUAUCAGCACUCAGCCCGGAUCAACUCCUAUCGCUUCGUUUCACAUAACGGCUCUUGAUACAACUAAUCCGCAACACCUGGUUGAUUCUGUGCUCGAGGCCAAACUCACACCACAUGCACAUCAGUUGUUUGUCCGGUUGGCAUCCAACGGGAAGCGUGUCUGUGUGAUCCGUUCGGUCGAUGGCGUGCCGAUCACCGCUUUUUCGGUGCACGAGCACGAUGGCUCCAAUCGAAUCGGGGCACAUCCGCGGCGCUACUUGUUCACCGGACAUGCAGACGGUGCGAUUCAGGUAAGCUGUAAUCAGUAA